AAAGCACGCGGCAGGCGGAGAGCGAGAGAGCGCCAGGAAGAGACUGAGGCGAGGGGCUGAACAAGCAUGCCUUUUAUAUGUACUAGGGACUGAGACAGCGAGAGAGGGAGAAGGGAGCAGCUGAAGGCAGAGACAACUGGUGUGUGCACAGCUUUCCCUGGAGGAAGCUUCGGCGAGAGGGAAAGGGCUUGAUCGAGAGACGGGGACGAGGAGAGAGCGAGAAAGAGAGAGAGAGGGGUUGAAGAGAUUCUCACACUGGCUGUGUCCUAAUCCGAGUCCAUCUCCUGGAGGCAGCGGAGCAGAGUGUUAGUGAAGUGAGUCUAAGAGGCGAGGAGAGGAUCGACGUGGUGGUGGGGUGGGUUGGGGAGCACCCAGGACAGGGCAGGGCUGGGGCACCGGAGAAGAGGAAGUGAGGGAGACAAAAGUGGAUCAGAUCUCACAAGCAGCACAUCCAAAGCUGGACAUGCCCGUCAGGAAAUCCAGAUCCGAGUCUAUAAGAUCGCCUGCCAAUCAGAGCCUUCGUUAAGAGCGGUGUGGGCGCCAGAGUGGGGGAAGGAUGGCCACCAUGCCGUUUGUCAGUGAGGGGAAGUGUGUUAGCGUGGAGUGGGAUUUCCUGCAAGGACUUCUGGCCAAGCCUCCUACACUGCCCUGUCUGCAGAACCUACGCAAAGAGAAGUCGCGCAAUGCAGCCCGGUCGAGACGCGGGAAGGAGAACUUUGAGUUCUUUGAGUUGGCAAAGAUGCUGCCCCUGCCCGGCGCCAUCACCAGCCAGCUGGACAAGGCCUCGGUCAUCCGGCUGACCAUCAGUUACCUACACAUGCGAGCCUUUGCCAGCCAGGGGGACCCGCCCUGGAGCCCCCUGCUGGAGGGAGACAGCAACUGCAGCAAAGUGAGACGGUCCUCACAUUCUCUGGCCACUGACAUCUUUGAACAGCACCUGGGGGCACAUCUCCUGCAGUCUUUGGACGGCUUUGUGUUCGUGGUCAGCCAGGAGGGACGUUUUCUUUACAUCUCAGAGACGGUUUCGAUCUACCUGGGACUCUCGCAGGUGGAGCUCACGGGCAGUAGCGUGUUCGACUACAUCCACCCGGCCGACCACGUGGAAAUGGCCGAGCGGCUGGGGAUCAGGCCCCACCUGCGAGCAGAGGCCGGCUGCCAAGUGGGCCCAGAGAGCGCUCCCUCCAGCUCGGCCUCCGCCUCCUCCCUGGCCGGCACGCCCGAGCCCAGCGCAGCGCCAUCCAGUCCUCACUCUUCCGCUGAUGAACCUCCCGACCGCGGUUUCUUCAUUCGUAUGAAAUCCACGCUCACCAAGAGAGGGCUACACGUCAAAUCCUCUGGAUACAAGGUGAUCCAUGUGACCGGGAGAAUACGCUACCGGCCCGCAAUCGUCCCUGGAACAGCGCGUUCAAUGCCCCGGCCCAUGGGGAUGGUGGCGCUAGCUCACACACUCCCCCCUUCCACGCUCAAUGAGGUCCGCAUGGAGAGCCACAUGUUUGUCUUCAGGGUCAACAUGGACCUGCAGGUCACAUACUGCGAGAACAGGAUAUCCGACUAUAUGGACCUGACGCCCGCAGAGGUGGUGGGACGCACCUGUUACCACUUUGUCUAUGUGGAGGAUCUGGAGAACCUGCGGCAGAGCCAUGAAGACUUGUUGAGGAAAGGCCAGGUGGUGACGGGGUACUACCGCUGGCUCCAGAAGAGAGGCGGCUACCUGUGGAUCCAGUCCACCGCCACCGUGUCCAUAAACCACAAAGCCCCCCACGAGCGAAACGUCAUCUGGGUCAACUGCGUCCUCAGUCGAACGGAGCUGCCCGACACUCCUCUGGAUCUGCUGCAGCUGCCAGAGAACGUCAGAGCCGAACGACUUCGAGUGAGCUCCCCUCCCACAAACAGCUCCCCGCAGGCCAGAGGCUCCCAGCCAGCAAAGAGCUCAGCGGGAAAGAGCGACCCCGACACGAAAGCUCGAGAGAAGUUCACCACUGCCGCUGUCCAAUCAGAGAACAGGAGGAAGCGCCCGGUGAGGUCCGAGCCCGAGGGCGCCCCCCCUGAGAGCCGCCGCCGUCUGGAUGAGCUGAGGCACACUGAGGAGAGCGUGUCUGCCUCCUCGGACCUGGCCAGCGAGAGCGAGGAUGAGGACGAGGAGGAGGACGAGGAGCCCGACUGGGAGCAGGCGGGGGAUGGUGACAAAUUGAAACAAGAAGACGGCGGAGGGAAGCCGAGCAGGGGUGCAGACGCCCCGACGAGAGGUGAGCGGGGAGGGCGGGUGCACAAUGGGCGAGCUGUGAUCCAGCAGCUGAAGAGCGUGGUGACCCCGUCCGCCAGCAUCAAGACUGAACACGAGGCCCUGGCCACCGGGGGGCGCUGGGGCUCACACAGCAGCCAGCCCCAGCCCUCACACGCGCACACCCCCUCCAGCAGCCUCAACGGCGACAGUCCCAACACCCCGAUACCCGACUCCUCCUCCAGUAGUGAAGCGCCGCCGAAGGGCCUCUUCACCCCUCCCUCCCCGGCCUUGUCUCCCGUCAUGCCCGUGUCGUCCCCGCUGCCGCGCGAGGAGCGGGCCGCCCCGGGGGCGGUUGGUCGGGGCGGCGGCCCGGGCUGUGGCCCUGACUUAGAGCUCCUCCAGAGACUCGCCGCGGGGGGUGCGGCGGGGCGGGUACUCUUCCAUCCCCUUGCCCUGGGACCCCAGGGCCCCCAGAGCCUGUACGCCCCCAGCACUAUCCGCUACGCUCCCCCCGAGCUGCCCCCCUCCCACCACCAUGCGGUCGGACACGGAGACGGCCUGCAGUUGCGUUCGGACCACCACAAGGGACCCCCGCCGGCUUUCUUCCCCCACCUGCAGCGACUGGCGGGCCUGCCGCCCUUCAGCGGGUUCUCCCCUUCGGACAGCCCAUUCCCCUCCGGACUGCCGUUCUGUAUGAACGGACUGCGGGGGGCCGCCGGCUCCGAGGAGGACUGAGAUGAUGAAAUCGACGUCGACGUCGGGACAUAAGCCUCUGAGGAUGUCGCCAAUUGGACUUGAACGACUGCAAUGUUAAAAGUGUGACAGGUCGCCGCUGGGGGAACAUUUAUUUCGCCACCGGACAAGCUGACAGUGACUCUCGGAAACGUACACAAAAAAAAAAAAAAAACAGGAUGCCUCGCGGUGGGAGCUCCCGCUAGACUUUUUCCAACGAAAUAAUGAACUGACUUUCAACGGACCACUUCUGUGUUUCUUCUACUCAGAGAAGCCAUAUUGUAUAUAGAGACAACAACCAUGAUGACCCUCAGCUCAGCAACCCCACCUCACCGUCAACCGUCGUCCCAAUUAACCCAAUUAACCCUCUCACCAAUAGAAAGAAAAAAAAAAGAAGAUGGACACUUGUCGGAAUGGGUUUUUAUUAUUACAGUAAAGUAUUAUAUAAUUAAUCUCUUUUUUGGUGACACUUUGAAUCUAGAGGUUCCUUCAAAAUAAAGGGAAGUGAUUUUUGUAUUGAAAUUGAAAAUCAUUACAAAAAAUGAGUCACUCAUUAAAAGCACAUUGUUGGGACAAAAAAUAUAGUUAAUGAUAAUGCGCCCAGACAUUCCAUCGUAUGUAAGGGAGGAAAUGUAAUUGAAACAAAAUGCUUUCCUCUUGGGGAUUCAUCGAAAUAUGUUGUGCGUCAUGCUGUUUCUGUAUGAAAGCAAUAUUUUUGUUAUUUGUGUUGUUUCCACAUAAAGCACUCAAAGAGCAGUUAGGACAAAAAUACUCAAAUUGGCCAAAAAAAAAAAACAUUUCGAGUUUGAUUUGUACAAAUCAACAAACUCAAAACUGGGAUAGAAUUGACCCAGGCAGCUGUUGGUCUCUUUUUGCCACAAAUUUGUUUAUUGUUGACACAACUGUUUUAGAGUGAGGCAAUGAAAGGAUCGAGGGAAAUGCUCUACAAGCAGUUGGUCUAAAAAUAACCCAAAUUAUGGGUCGAAAAGGGACUUUGACAUGACUUUUGUUGUUUUGAUCAAAAAUAUCCCCCAAAAUUGGUUCAAAUCCUUUUUGAAAUAAACUGGGUUAUGUUUGACCCAACUGCUAGUGAGGCAAUGAGAGGAGCAUUUACAGGGAAAUUACUCUCAAAACAAUGAGGUCAAAAAUAUCCUAAUAAUGGGUCAUAAAGGGACUUUCACCCAACUUGUUUUGUACAAGACGAUCCAAAAAGUUGGAUUGUUUUUUCCAAAAAUAGCCCCAAAAUUGGGUCAAAUGGACCCCAACGUGGUUGGUCCCCGUUUGACCCAAAAUUGGGCUAUUUUUUUACUGUGAAGAUUUGACCGGUUGCACAAUAUCAUCACAAUUGAUUUUAUCAUUUUAACAACAGGAAACGCUUCAUUGUUAGUCUCUUCUUUUUUUUUGAGCACUUAACUGAAAAUUCAAACUGGAAGCACUUCACGCAGCGUAAAACAGAAAACAAUGCAAGAGUGAUCGCAAUAUCCGAGCUGUAUCGCAGUGCAGCUGCGGGAAUAAAUAGUCAUUGAUGAAGUAACGGAGCAUAAAAACGGGUCAUAAAAUGACAGCCAUUAAAGUCACGGUCGGGUCAGGAGACACUUCCAGUGUCAGUCGACUGGGGAAUAAAGCCCCAUCCGUCAUUUUUACAUGUGGUGGCGUUUCGCUCGAGUAGGAGGUGUGUGUGUGUGGCGGGGGGGGAUUUCAAGUAAUUUUCACUGAAAAAAAGGGUACCCAGAACAGCUAUAAAACUGUGAAAAAUAUGUUGAGAUUUCAGUUAUUCUUUAAAUCAUCAUCUAGUUUAAUUACUAGUUUAAAAAAAAGACGCCUCUAUGAAUUCUGUAGCACUUUGAAAGCCUGAAAAUAAGUAUGUGAAGUUACACCGAUAUUCUUUUUUUUUUUUUUGUUUCUGCUGUGUCAGAAAAAUGCCAUACCUUUUUUAUUUGUUUUCCUUCUCCAAAUCUCAGUUGUGCUGUCUGUGAUAUAUACAAAUUCAGAAGACGUGAACAAUGUCUGACAGAGUGCACUUGACACAUGAGCGAGCACACAGAUUCCGGAGAGUGUGUCUAUGCGCUCGUGUGUGUGUGUGAGUGUGUGUGCGUGUGUGUGUGUGUGUCUGUUUGUGUGUGCGUGUGAGUGUGUGUGUCUGUGUGUGUGUGUUGUUUUUAAUUGAAGUAAUUAGCUAACCCCUUUGCCUAUCACUGUGAAUCUAAUGUUAUCCUUGCAUUCUUGUGAAUACUCCAGCCGCUUAUUGAACAAAACUGUAUAGAGAAAAAAAAUGGGGGGAAAUGCAGUGAUACAGAUGACAAUAACAAUAAAAUAUUCCAGUCAGUA